GGGAGCCUUUUGGGAAACCUGUCUCACACGCAUGGCAACUUCUGUACAGCCAACAGCUACAGCAGCAAGGUGACAGUUGCUGCGAGGGCCAUGAAAGAUCUCCUAGCUUCACCAGGCGCAGGCCGCCGGCAUGAGGAGUGGACGGAGUCCCCACUGCCGCCUGGCUGGCAGCCAAAGAUUUGGCAGCCUGGUCGUGCGCCAGCUUGGCAGGCAUCCUUUGAAGAAUCUGCUGGACGAGGGGAGCUUUGGUGCAAGACUCAUCGUUCCCCUGUGGCAAGCGUAGACUCAGAGGAGGAGAUUGAUCGUUUCCUUUGCGGCCUUCAGAUGGAAGCUGCGUCAUUCGAGGCCCUUUCAGGCUCUCAUCGAGUCCUUGGCCAGUCUGCCAGCGAUACCGGAAGUGAACCGUGGACCACUUCAAGGUGGCCGUUUGGCGCACCCUCGCCCGAAGUGCCCGAGGCUGAGCCCCUGCUGCCUUGCAGCAAGUGUGGGCGCUCUUUCUGGGCAAGAAGGCUUGAGGUUCACGAGCCGGGUUGCAAAGCUGUACCUCGCCAGGCCAAGCGAGGCGUCUUCGAGUCGCGACGCCAGCGCCUCCGCGAUCUUCCUGUGGCACAGGCUAUAUCUGCUGUGAACGGAGCGCCAGACAAAGCUGCCGUGACACCAAAGCAGCAGAAAGGAAAAACCGACGACGUGGUUACACCUGUGAAACUGAAGGCAGGGAAGGCGACAAAGGUCAGUCCAAGCCCAGAGGUAGGGGGCAGGCUUCGAGGACGCAAAGUACUUGACACUCCGCCAAAGAAACUCGGCAAAGGACGUGAGAAGGGAGCCACAAGGUCACACAGGUCACAGAAACCUGAGAGAGUCGACGAGUCAUUCCAGCACACUCCUUCACCGAGACCUGUGAAGCUGGCGGAGGCGAGGUGGCAACCUGAGACUCCAGAGCUGAGCCUGCUGGCAAGCGAGAGAGGAGGGCCCAUCUCAAACGAGUCCCAGGAGACGCUAGCAGCAAGAUCUGGAAACGCCUCUUUGGAGAUGGCAAACUCAAUUGCGUUUGAGGCAGCUUGCGCAGACUCGCCCAGUGACAGGGAUGUCGAGGAGCUCGAUUCUUUGUCGCCGCUCCGAAUCGGUCCUAUCCUAGAUGACGAGGCUGCUCAGUCUGACUUCGCUGCAUUAGAUGACAACAUCAGAGACGAUCAGGCCCUGGAGGAGAUGUCCGCUGAGAAGCUAUUCAACCGUUGGAUUCGGUGCGAGACUGGUGAGCCUGAUGAAUAUUCAGGAAGAAAUGAGGAAAGUGUGACUGAACCUCUCCCUGCUCGGUUGGCCCUCGUCUCCGAGGCAGCGGCGCUUUGCGCUGAGGUUGAUGCGUUGCUGGGCCAAGGUGGGCCAGAUACCGGGCCGGAGGUUGCUGGCGCAGAAGCAGGAGAGGCGACGAAGGCAUCACUAUCGGCGAUGACAAACUUCGAGCUGAACGCCGGCAAGCCACAGGUACCAGAGUUUCCUUGCUGGAAGCCCUACGACCCCAGCAAAUAUUGUGAGGCACAGCCAGACGUGAAAGAAGCUUCAGACCUGCAAGGUUGGCUGCGAAGGUGUGCUGAGCAGAUUGAGCUGCGCCGACAGGAACUGGAGUCCUGGCAGACUCAAAGCAGUCUUUUCACUUGAGUCAAGUGCAAUGAACACGGAUGCUUUGCAAGCUGGACACAAACCAGAAAACCCGGCAAUGUCCGGAAAUGUCAACUUGAGCCAAGAUGCUUUGCACUGAGCAGCAUGGAUCCGGCAAAGUCUUGGCGCAUCCGCCAACGCCAAUUCACUUUUGUGGAAGCAUAGAUGCGGGAUGCAUCACAGGGGCUGGGUUGCGACUCGCCAGAGUGGCCAGUGGUUAUUUUUUAUUUGACCUGCUGUCGUUUCAUGGCAUGCGACAG